CCUGUGGUUGCGUAAAAUGCGACAAAUUGUCUUGUGGGGGCUUCUACGUGUUUGACAGGACCUUUCAAAUUUAAUGAGAGUGACGUCUUGCUUGGCCUAGAAUCCAAACGUGUGCGUAGGCUGCUUGAGGACGGCAAACACGUCACUUCGAAUUCAGUUGAGGAUCCUCAUUAUCGACCCUUAUCUUGCAUCUCAUGAUCCUAUAGGUAACGCCCAGCGACAGGUAGGUCACGCGCUUGAUUCAAGGACAUUUAUACACCAUAUUAUCUAAAAGCUGGUACAUGCACUUUUGAUCAUGAUUUAGUGAUCAUCUGGCACUUUCCAGAUUUAUCGUUCCUUUUUUUGAGACAUCAUUAGGUGCUCUGACGUCCAAACAGUCGUCUUUUCUCCUCUGAUUCUUUCCUCUAUUUUAAGGCUCCAUCCAAACAGGACAGUCAGGGGUGUGGCCUUCUCUGUUUCAGCUCUGUUUCCGUUUCAAGAAUGACACAUGCCUUUUUAUCUUUUCUGUUUCCCCCUACAACUUCUGACAAAAAGAGAGGUAUAUAUAAUCCCACACAAGCAACGCCUGUAUAUAUUCACACUGACACCUGACAAUGCACAACAGAGUUUGGGGUAGAAGUUGAUCAAGCAAUACAUACGAAGAGGUACCAUAGGCAACUUCUCAACUAUUAAAUACCUACCUUGAGUGAUAGAGAGAAAUACUGGACAAGCACAAACCUCUUUGAGACAUUGCAUGGAAGAUUUGCAAACCAGCUUGAAGUCACACAAGACUGAUUGGAUUUUUGACUCCAGACAGAGAACUUCACAGCAACAAACAGCCAAGAGGAAGAGCUUCUCCACAAAGAUGGUGGCUUUACCCUUGCCUCUGCGUCCUGCCAUAUUGUUCUUAGUCCUGAUGAGUGUGACACUGAUGACAUCUGCAUUUCCCCAGCCUCAACUUCGACCUCUGCAAAGUAACUUGCCUGCUAUUGGUCAAGAAGACUCCAAAGGUGAACAGUGGGAAGUUCUGUACCCCUCCAUCUCACUCCGUGACUGGAGCAUUCAGAUGCUGACCGCCCCAGAUUUUGGUGCAGCUAAGACUGGGACAGAACAGCUGGUGGGAGAUGAUUGGCUUCCCCUCAGCCAAUCACAGAUGGAGGAGGAGCUGGUGAAGGGCUGGCCGGGGAACUGGCCUUCACGGGUGGGUCACCAGCAGAAGAGAAACAUAGUGGUGGCAGAUGACGCUGCAUUUAGAGAGAAGAGUAAGCUUUUGACAGCAAUGGAAAGACAGAAAUGGCUCAAUUCCUAUAUGCAGAAACUCUUAGUAGUUAAUUCGAAGUAAUUAGAAUGUUUAUGUAAUUGUAUAUUUAUAUAAAAUAUGUUGAAAAAUAGUAUAUUUCAUGUGGGAGAAAAACACCAUUGAUUAUCACAGAUAAUUAAACAAGUCAAAGGGUUAGUUCAACCAAAAAUAACAAUUCUGUUAUCUAUAAUCAUGCAUUUUAAUCCCGUAUGACUUUCUUUUCUGCCUACAACCCCAAAAGUACAAUUUAGCACAAUGUCUCACCUGCAUUUUUUCCAACAAGAAAAUUAAAUUGAGAAAUCUUUCCCUUU